UCGAGUGGGCAAGUUGUCAAUUUGACGGUUUAUUAUACAUACAUAUUUUCUUACAACAAUUUUCAUAUAAUGUCUAGAAACUUAUUAAAGAAGGAUACCAAAGGGAUUUUAUUAAAUGGAGCGCACGAGAGUGGAAGCGACUCAGACUUUAGUAGCGAUUCGGACGAGCACGGGAGGAAAAAUAACUUCAAUCUUUCGAAAAGGUCAUGUAAUUGCGAAGAGAAAUAUGUAAGAAUCAAAAAGAGUAGCAUGAAACACGUUUACGUGUCAAAAACGUCGUGUUGGGAUGUUGAUGAACUAACAAUGAAACGUCAGAAGCUCGAACUACAUUUAUCACACUGCCAACUUGAAGAAUCGGUAAACAUGGACAAACAUGUGCUACUGCAAGUCAAGUUUAAUCGACUUGAAAACAUCAUUACCGCAUUCCUUUUUUACUUAGACUGUCUGGAGCUUGAGGAGAAAGCGUCGUACAGACUCUGUGAGCAAUUAAACGGGUUAAUCGUUAACGAGCAGUCCGUAGUCGUUACGGAAAACUUAUCGGAGGUUGUAAAAAAGUUGUGCGGAAAAACUAAAUUCGAAAACUACACCAACAUCCGGGAUAACUUAAGAACCGCCCUUGAUAUUAGGUCAGAAAUUGAGAAUCGAAUGUCGGACUAUAAUGAUAAAAAAGUAGAUUUUACCACGGCUUCAGACAACUUUAAACUACUUCUGCAAAAUGCGAACUUAACGAUGGCACAAUUAGAAAGAUUGCAAAGGCAGUUCGAUGGUAUUUUAUUAGAAUUUCAGCACAGUAGAUGUAUGCUAGAUCAACAGCUUCCAUCGGCGAUAGCAAAUCGAAUGACUGUUUUAGUUAAUAGCUUCAGAGAUUUGGGAACUAACUUGCAAAAAAUUGCUUCGAACAGAUCGGAUUUAUCUUCAUUACUUAAGCAUUUAGAAACCUGCCUGCGUAAUUGCAAUGAUUUAGUGCCCAUAAAAGGAAAUCUACAUGAAACGAAGGUCGUUGGGGGGCAGCGUAAUAUGUUGUAAUUGCUUGCGCCCUACGGCUAUUGCUGAAGAUUAAUAAUAUUGUAGGCAAAUUCUGGAAACUUUUAAGUCUUGGCAAAAAUUCGUGAUCGUUACCCUAUUCGCAUCAGCAAUCAGUUAAAAAUCGCAGUUUUUUAUUAUUUACCAACGGAAGGAAAACAGGAUGCGACGAUAUACCCCGCAACGUAUAUUGUUAACACAAAUGUAUAUAUAGCGCCCGCUCACUAAUAAAAUAAAUUUAAUCUAUUAUGAGUUUGCAUAAAUAUCGGCGAUAAAUAAAGUAAA